UUGGGAUGCAGCCACAGACGGCCCAAGAAACACAGGUCCCACUAUGACGCUGAAUCAUCUCUGUAUGUGGCUGGCCACACGCACAAGGGGUUCGUCUUUUUCUGGGGAAAAGACGAGCACCCCCCACGGGCAAAGCAGAGAGGCGGCGAGGGAAAAGCAGAUGUAGCAAAUCUGAGGACCAUAAGAAGAUGAGACCACCGCCUGGGAGGAGGCGGGGGCACAUCUGUGCCCCGUGGUGCACACCUCCUUGAGGAAGGAGGUAUGAUCAGGGGCUCCCCGGUCCUGGACCGGCACCUCUGUCCACCAGGGCCAGGCACAGGUGGAUCCCAGCCCGCGGCCCUCCCAGCGCACCCCCACCCGUUAGCACGUCAGAUCCUCCUCAACUCCCAUUAUCCCAUUUCACAGAUGGAGAAACUGACACUUAGGAAGGUUGAAAGAGCUGCCCCAGGUCAGACAGCAGAUCUGAGCCCAACCGGACCUUGCCUCCCUCCCUGACACCUGGAAUGGUCUCCUCGGGUCACCCACAAGGCGGGAUUGUGUCAUCAGACCAGCCCUGGAGGAGGAUAGAAGCGUGUGUGGUGGCUCUGGUGAGGCUUCGAGUCAGGAACUGUGACCCAAGGCUCAGGAGCUUGUGCUAAAUGACGUUUCCCACUGCCCGGUUUUCUUGCGCUCCAGAAUCUACGGCGGUGAGACGAGUGGAGGCUUUUUCCGCCAACUGGAGGUCCCUCCCGUGAGUCACGAGUCGUAACUUCAUGUAACGAGGAUGGGCCUGAAGGCUGAAGCCAGUAGAACAUACUCCCAGGAGGGCUGAAAUCACAGCUCCAUUCACCUUCCGUGCGACAGUCCUGGGGGACCAAGGGAAUCUUCCGUCCGUGAAGAAGAGGGCAGGUCAGCACAAGUGAGGCCGGCUCCAUGUAUCCGGAAUCGACAACGGGCUCCCCAGCGCGGCUCUCUCUGCGGCAGACGGGCUCCCCCGGCAUGAUCUACAGUACUCGGUAUGGGAGCCCCAAAAGACAGCUCCAGUUUUACAGGAACCUGGGCAAGUCGGGCCUGCGGGUCUCCUGCCUGGGGCUCGGAACAUGGGUGACCUUCGGAGGCCAGAUCACCGAUGAGAUAGCAGAGCAGCUGAUGACCUUGGCCUACGACAAUGGCAUCAACCUCUUCGAUACUGCAGAAGUCUACGCGGCGGGCAAGGCUGAAGUGGUAUUAGGAAACAUCAUCAAGAAGAAAGGAUGGAGACGGUCCAGCCUGGUCAUCACCACCAAGAUCUUCUGGGGAGGAAAAGCGGAGACGGAGAGGGGCCUUUCCAGGAAGCACAUAAUAGAAGGUCUGAAAGCCUCGCUGGAGCGGCUGCAGUUGGAGUACGUGGAUGUGGUGUUUGCCAACCGCCCGGACCCCAACACGCCCAUGGAAGAGACCGUGCGCGCCAUGACCCACGUCAUUAACCAGGGGAUGGCCAUGUACUGGGGCACGUCACGCUGGAGCUCCAUGGAGAUCAUGGAGGCCUAUUCCGUGGCCCGACAGUUCAACCUGAUCCCGCCCAUCUGCGAGCAGGCCGAGUACCACAUGUUCCAGCGCGAGAAGGUGGAGGUCCAGUUGCCGGAGCUCUUCCACAAGAUAGGAGUGGGCGCCAUGACCUGGUCCCCUCUGGCCUGCGGCAUCGUUUCCGGAAAGUACGACAGUGGCAUCCCGCCCUACUCAAGAGCCUCCUUAAAGGGCUACCAGUGGCUGAAAGACAAGAUCCUGAGCGAGGAGGGCCGGCGCCAGCAGGCCAAGCUGAAGGAGCUGCAGGCCAUAGCUGAGCGCCUGGGCUGCACCCUCCCCCAGCUGGCCAUAGCCUGGUGCCUAAGGAACGAGGGGGUCAGCUCCGUGCUCCUGGGUGCUUCCAGCGCAGACCAGCUAAUGGAGAACAUUGGAGCGAUACAGGUCCUUCCAAAACUGUCGUCUUCCAUUAUCCACGAGAUUGAUAGUAUUUUGGGCAAUAAACCCUACAGCAAAAAGGACUACAGAUCCUAAGAAGCCCCCGGCCGCUUGCCCGGACAGUUUCUGUUUCCCUCCCAGUCUCUCUGUUCGCUCGCUUAAGCUGUUUUGAAGCCAAGUCAGGGGUGUGGUUUGCAUCAAAAAGAAAACAUCAUGCGGCACGAGAUGUUGUGGGGAAAAGAUCUCAAAAGUCGCUGCUAAGACACCAUUCGCCGCUUCGCGGGACGGAAUUCUGACCCGUGCUGGGGAGACCACGCUGACUGGGAAGGGUGUUGGCGCGGUCCCGUCCAAGCUCGCCUGCAGCCCUGCUCACCCUCCUGGAAGAGACCACCACGUUUUCUCCCAGCCUCGGCCUUUCCCAGAGAUGUCCCGAGUCCAGGCCAGGCCGAGACCCGGUCGGGUGCUGGGGGCAGCAGGGCUGGCCUCUCCUCUGCUGAGCACCCCCACCUGGUGUUGGGGGUGGGAAAGAGGAAACCAGGUCUGGCUCCUCCCGUGGCCCCUCUGCCAGGACACUGGACAUUGGGCAGGGCCUCCCAGGUGGGGCCCUCAACCUCCCUCCUUGCCAAGGGCUCCCGAUACUUUACCAUGGGCCCGACCUCAGAUUCAUUCUGCACCCUCUUCUCCACCACCCCCUGCCCCAGCGGGUCUCCAAGGGGCCUUCCAAGCUGUCCCUUGACCCCCACCCCCACCCUUGCUGGCAGGGGCAGAGAUCCGGGGGGAUUCCUUAUCAGUUUGGGGUCCACAGGAAGUUGGGGGGGAGGGUUUCUAACCACGCUCAUCGCCCUGGCAGCUUCCUCCCUGCACACAGUUGACGAUCCCCGUGCCCAGAGCAGCCCUGAGCAUUCGGGAGGGGCCUGAGGAGCAGGCUCCAGCCCAGGUCCCUCCAGGGCCCCACCUACCCUCCUCUCCAGGUGCCCUGCCCACUGCCCCUCUGUCCUUGCCCCAGAAUGCCCUGAGGUCAUGCAUACUUAGCUAGACUGUGGUCGCUGGCUGGCCACAUGCCAGGCGGCCCACCUCUGCUCUGCCUGGGUAGUGGCCUCAGGGUCUGCAGAGAGAACACACUUAGGCCCCUGGGGUUUUCCGUGCUGCAUGCGCAGGGGAGCUGGGGAGGCUGAACAUCCGGCAGAAGCCCCCACGAUCUAGGAAAAGGCCCCAGGAGCCUCCCCCUGGAGCAGUGCCUUCUUCAAGGCCUCAGAUCGGGUCAGGGUGAGGCACCCCACAUUAGGGUGCUAAGUCUAGGUGCCCAGAGCAGGUUACCCGGGCAAACGGGCAGCAGUACCAACCCCAGAACCACCACAUGCACCCUGUGAGGAGGUCAGGACGGCUGGAGCCAGUCAUUCCUGGCGAUGCAUCCACCCCCCGCCCCCCAGCCUGGAACGGGACAGAACCGUCAGCCCCCCGGCUGGGAGGAUGAAGGGCACAGGCCUGCAGCCGGGAGUCCUGAGGUACCAGCCUCUGCUGGCUAUUUGGAGGCAGGAGCCCACUCUAGGGUGCCUCUGUGUCUCCGGUCCCAGCAGGUAGCAGCUGGCCCCACCUCGACACCCCUCCCCCUCCCCCGCCAACGGUCUCACCUUCACUGCAGCCGGUAUGCCCGGUCCUGCUUUGCCCUCCCAUCC